AUGUCAUCCAUCGAUAAUCUUUUCGGUAAUGUUGACUCUAAAAACGUCGAAUCUAAUGUCAAUGAUAUCUUUAAUCAAAAGAGUAAUGCUGUUGACACAGUAUCCAUCAAGACUAAAUUGAGAACUAUCUUACCAAGCAUUAAGAAGAAGAGAAAGAACACUGGGGAAGAAAAGGAAAAGGACCAAAAGGUAAAUGAUGAUCAAAUUGAAGAAGAAAGUAAAGCAGAUGAACCUGUCGCCAAGAAACAAAAGAAAAAGGACGGUGAAGGUGAAGAUGAUUUAGAGGGUAAAUAUUUUGCAAAGAUAAUGGAUACUGAUGAAAAGGACAAGAAGAAUGAAGAAAAUGAUAGUGAUAGCGAUGAUAAAUCAACUAAGUCCAAACAUGCUGAAAAGGCAAAAAAAGUAGAUCUAAAGGAAGAUGAAUUAGAAAAAGCUGAAAGAACUAUUUUCGUAGGUAAUGUAACUAAUGAAGUUAUUACAUCUAAGGAUAAAUUCAAACUAUUCAAGAAAUUAUUCAGUACUGAUCCAAACCCAAAGGAAGAUGAUGAUGAUGAAGAAGAAGCUGACAAAGAAACUAAGAAAAAGAAACAAUUAUAUGUUAUUGAAAGUGUUAGAUUUAGAUCUAUUUCAUUUAAGGAAGCUUUACCAAGAAAAGUUGCGUUUGCCCAACAAAAAUUACAUGACUCUAGAGAAGCUGUUAAUGCAUAUAUCGUUUAUAAGGAAAAAGAUUCUGUUAGACCAUUACUAAAGAAAUUGAAUGCUACUGUCUUUGAGAAUCGUCACUUAAGAGUUGAUUCUGUUAUUCAUCCAGCACCUCAUGACAAACAACGUUCUAUCUUUGUUGGUAAUCUUGAUUUUGAAGAAGAUGAAGAAUCUUUAUGGAAGCAUUUUGGUAAUUGUGGAGAAAUUGAAUAUGUUCGUAUCAUUAGAGAUUCUGUAACAAACAUGGGUAAAGGUUUUGCUUAUGUUCAAUUUUAUGAAUUACAAAGUGUUAACAAAGCAUUAUUAUUAAAUGGUAAACCAAUGAUUUCUGUUACUGCUACUAAGAACAAAAAGGGUAGAAAAUUACGUGUUACUCGAUGUAAGAAUAUGAGAAAAGAAAAAAAUUCUUCUGAGACACGUCAUUCUAAGGGUAAAAAUUUUAAUAAAUUGAAUGAAUCUCAAAGAACAAAGAUGGGUAGAGCCGGUAGAGUCCUUGGUAAAGCUGAUAAAGCUACACUAGGUAAACAAAUAACUAUAGAAGGUCUAAGAGCCACAAAGGGUGAAAAGGUAUCUCAUUUGAAAAGAAAGAAACAAAGAUCAAAGUCUGGUAGAGUCACUAAACGUUCUAUUGCAUAUAAGAAGGCUCAAACCGAAACAAGUGAUAAAUAA